AAUAUAUAUUGUAUAAGGUGUUAAAAGUAAAACAUCAUUAAAGUGGUUUAAAAAAGAUAAGAUGUUAACUUAAAAGAAUAAGUUAUCAUUAAAAACUUAUAUGUUUUUCUUUUUUUAUGUAUGGUUUACGAAUAAUAAACCAUUGUUUUUAUUAAAAAUGCAUUUAUUUUCAUGGUUGUACUUUGCCGUAGCUAAGAUUCAAACCUACCAUCACAUAUUCAACAAUAAUCGAUUACAUUUGUUCUGUCGAUAGGUCUGCUGAAUUAUUGACAAAUUUGGCAAUUGUAUACAAAAACAUCUCUACUACUCCAUGGUUCAAUUAUAAUUUUCUAAUAUAAUAUAUUUAAUCUUUUCUAUUGCUAAUUAAACUUACAAUCGUGUACAGAAUGUGGCAGGCUCAGCAAAUAGCAGCAAUUCAAAUGGCGAAUCAAAUGCUUUACGCGAUGUCGGCACCAUCAAGCUACUCGCUAAAUCAACGGCCGCCACAUUUAGGUCCGCCACCUUUUGAUGAUACGGCUGUAGACACAGAUGAUGAAGAUGAUGAAAAGUUACGUACGCUUUAUGUUGGAAAUUUAGAUGAUCGAGUUUCGGAAGAUUUACUUUAUGAGGUUUUUCUACAAGCUGGUCCGCUAGAGUCUGUACGACUACCAAAAGAUAAUGGCGGUCGUACGCGCGGCUUCGGUUUUGUUGUUUACUCGCAUCGCUGUACCCCAAUUUAUGCUGUGCAAUUAUUUGCUGGCCUGAUGCUUUUCCGCAAAACGUUAACAAUUAAAGCUCAAGGUGACACAAAUGCGUCAAAUAAACGUCGUUCGUUUCCCAAUGAUUGUGAGCGCUAUAUGCAUCGGCCGGGUGAUAACAGCAUGAUACGCAGUACAAGCUAUCCAAAUUUCUAUGAUCCAGCUAUGAAUGAUAUUUCAACCUCACCUCAAUCAUCUAAUCCGUUUCGGAUAAAUUCGCCCGAUUUACCGAACAGUACACAUGGUAGAAGCCGGGAAAGAGGAAAUAGAGAACGAGAACGGGAUAGAGAUGUUGACAGGGACUGGGUUAGUAAUCACUCAAAUAAACAUUCUCGCUCUCAUCCUUACAGACGUGAUGAUCGCCGUGAACGCGACGAAAGUAAUCGUAAACGUAGGUAACAUUUGGAACAGGAUUGGAAGGAGUUUUAUGUCAAUAUACUUUAUGCAAAAUAAAGCUAUUAAACGAAGAGUAUUGCUCGUACUUUUCAACAUCAAAAUUUGCAAUAGAAAAACAUUUAAAAUUCUUCUAGCAAUUUUUAAUGGUGACUCGGCUAAAUAUUAGUGUAAUCGUAAUUGUGUAUUUUAAGGUAGUCCUUAAUUUAGUUGUAAGUAUGUAUAUGACUCUAAAUUCAAUCAGUGUAAAUAUAAAAAAUUUGUUGAUUUCCUAUGACUGACAGAUUGCUUAAAAAAAAAAAAACAAUUAACGGCGUAAUUAUGGAAAUGUAAUACAGAUUAUCAUGAUAAGAUGAAUACAAAAUUGUAAAAUAUAACUGACUCGAGGCGUAUUCCUUCAAUUCUUUAAUAAAUGUUAUAAUAUGAUUUACUCUCACGAACUUCACAAAUAUUGUAUUGAAACAACGGUUUAAUUUAUUUGAAAUAAUAUUCCUUAUAACAUUUUGCUAUUGCUUUAUUCGUUUAAGAAUGAAUUUAUAAUUUACAUUCGUUGCAUGAUAUUAUCUGUAUUUUAAUAAAUUACGAUGUCCAAAGUGUUUACUUACAUACCCGAUUUGCAUAAUUAAACUAUUUUCUAGAAAAAUCACAAAACAAAAAAAAAACAAGAAAAAAUGUUAACCUCGUGCA